AUGGCUGGGAAGAGGCAAAUCUCGGAGUCUCAGCUUGAGGAGCACCUAGCCUGGUACUUGACGAGCAGACCUACCCCGAUCGGACGACUAGAAGCGGAAUUCGGGCACGAACAGUGUCCGGAAAAACAGUAUUCCAGGCUUCACGAACUCCGACGGGCGCGAGUCGGUACAGCCGAUGCGACCAACUCGAUAGAUCUCGGUCAACUCAUUGACUACCUAGAGGCCGAGUUGUACGACAAGGACCUGAAAGAGCGAGCUGAACAGUAUGAAGACGCUGUGCGCAGCGGCAGAGCCAUCCCGGAAUUCACUUUGUACAGCUACCAGCUGGAAGGCCAGGCAGCACUAGAUGCAUACGUCUCGCAGAUUGUCGCCGCGGUCAGGGACUUCCCGUUUCUCCAGUUGGCAGGUGGGAGGGCGGCAGGCAGCUGGAUUCGCGACGAGCUUGUCGCUCCCGUUUUUGAUGGCCAUUGGGAUUUCUAUUCGAACCGGAAGAUCAAUCACGGCUUUGACUUGAACCAGUUCUACCUACUGCUUGACGGGGAAAACAUGCUAAUUCAGAGGCUGAGAUAUGCUCGCAAGACCUUGCAAAUGUAG